AUGCCGAAAGCAAGGCAGAGUGCAAGAGGAAAGAAAGCAGCUAAAAAGGUGGCUGCAGCUGAGGAGCAUGAAGAGAAUAUUGCGGAUGAGUCCGUAGAUGAAGUCAAUGACAGCCAGAACAAUGAUAGUCAGGUGCAGGAAUCGGCUGACAAUGCCACAUCGGUAGAGCAAGAUAUAAAUGCAGCUGCUGAAGCUAUGGACACAUCACAGAGCAUUGAGGAAUCUAAUGGAAAAACUGUCCAGAAAGUAGUUGAAAAGGCAAAGAAGGAAUCAGCACAUGUAAGCCAGGGGACAAAAGCAGACCAUGGCAAGGAAGUAGGUAAUACUCACGGAGAGCCUAUGGAAGCACAGAGUAUUGAUAAGAAGGUCAAACAGCCUGUGGAAGCACAGAGUAAUGAUAAGAAGGUCAAACAGAAUGAUGUUAAAGAGGCACCUACAGGCGUGACAGAAGAAAAGAAAAUUGAGAAAGAAAAGUCAGACAACAAAACUGAGAAAGAGAAGCCAGAUAGCAAAGCAGAAAAAGAAAUUGCCGAGAACAAGAUUGACAUAAAAGUUGAUGUUUUGAAGCCUUACAAGCCUCACACAAUUCCGGCCUUUGUCAGUAAUAAAUUGCUAGAAAAAUAUGAGUGGCAUUUUCGAGUGUUUCCCAUUGACCAGUCAGACAUCAGAAAGUGUGUCAUAGACUGUAUGUCUAAGAUUGCCCAAGAUACAUGGACAUACAUUGACAAGAAUUCUAAUCAAGGGUCAUUGGACAUGUGCUUGCGGGAUACCAAUGAUGCAUCCACAGCUGUUCUCAGGUUGUUGCACCUGCCAGUCUCAAAUCGCUACGUGACUGUUUGUAUCACUCGCAGAGGAAGGGUUAGACCUGAAGUCGUAGAGCAGGUGCAACCAAAGGUUGAAGAUGAAACCAAACCCAAGGUCAGUGCUACGCUGCUGUUAGACCUGAAGCAGGCUUCAAGUCUUGAGAAGAUCAGAGGCAAGGAGAAGAAACGCUCGUUGUUUGUGAAAUAUUUACCAGAGAGCACAUCAAAAGAGCUGCUCAAUGUGCUCUUUCCAGUUGCAAAUAAUUUGGACAUCAUUACGGCUGGAGAAAGUCGUAGGGUUGGUGAGUUGGAUUUCUCUGAGGACAACAACGUGGUUGGAAUCCUGCAGACCUACGUAGCAAUCCAUAUUAAUGGAUGCAAGAAUAUCACCCUGGUGUGGAAAAAAGAAGACAUUGAAGAUGGCAAGCUGCAGUCUGAGGCCAUUCGAAGUCCGCCAAGUGAAAGCUUACCCAAGAAUCCAGAGAUUUCUUAUGAAGCUGUUCCAGAAAUAGAUGAGGAUGACACCGUUCAGUACCACAAGCGCAAAAGGGACAUGGAAAUUGAACAGAAGAACAAACUGAAGGAAAGGGAGACACGGGAGAAGAAAAGCCGUUGGGAUAGAGAUGGCCCAAGCAAGGAGUCUGACAGAAAAGGCCUACUGGCGGGAAAUGAAAAAGCCCAACCUUUGCUGCCGAGUUUGGAAAGUGUUAACAAACCUGCAUUGCUUCCAGGACUGGUAGCCUCCAUGGCUGGGAGGGGCUUGUUAGAUCAAGGCAAGGGGGAGAGGCAAGAUAGGUUUGAUCGAAAGAGAAAGGCCCCUGAAGGAGGGAGCCCAGAUGAUAAAGACAGGAGCAGGUCAUCGGGAAGAGAUAGGAGUGGAGGAAGGGAUAGAGAAAGACCUGAUAGCUUUGGGAGUCGCUCUGACAGCCAAGGUAGAGGAGGUUUGUUUGAUGGUCAGCGAGGCAGCCAGUUUGGCAGUAGAGAUGGGAAGUUUGAGGGCCGAGGCAGGGGUAGAUUUGAUAGCAGUGAAAGGGGAGGAAGAUUUGGCGCAAGACCAAGCAGAUUUGAUAGCCAGGAUGAUCAGAUAGAAAACAGGGGGAGAGGAGGGCGUUUUGAUAAACCAGACAGAGAUGAUCAGUUUGAUGACCAGAGUGAUGACGGGCUUGAGAGAGGUAGGGGAAGAGGUGGAUUCGAUGGUAGGGGUCGCAGUUUUGAUAGCAGAGGAAGGGGUGGUUUUGAUAGCAGAGGUAGGGGUGGUUUUGAAGGCAGAGGAAGAGGUGGCUUUGAAGGCAGAGGAAGAGGUGGCUUUGAAGGCAGAGGAAGAGUGUUUGAAGAUCGGGAUAGGGGAAGUGACCGGGAAAGUAGCUUUGGCAGCAGAGGAAUAGGUGGUUUUGGUGGAGGUAGAGGAUCUGAUGCACGAGGAAGAGGUGUGGAUGCUAGAGGGCGUGGAGGAUUUGAUAGCAGAGGAAGAGGAUUUGAGGGAAGGGGAAGAGGAUUUGAAAGCAGAGGACGGGGAGUGGAUAGCCAGGUUAGAGGAGGCUUUGAAGGCAGAGGAGUAAGGGAGUCAGACACUGGGAGAGGAUUAUUGGAGGGUGGAAGGGGCAUUUCUGAUAGAGGAAGAGGGGUGUCUGAGAGGGGACGAGGAGGGUUUGAUAGUCGUGGAAGAGGCUCGGACAGUAUGGGAAGAGGAGCAUCUGAUAGAGGAAGAGGGGGAUUUGAUAACCGAGGGAGAGGAAGCGGCUUUGACAGUAGAGGAAGAGGUGGUGGCUUUGAUAGUAGAGGAAGAGGAAGCGGUGUUGAUAACAGAGGAGGAAGGGGAGGUUUUGGAAACCAGAGUGGCGGUCAGUUUAGAGGUAGUGGAUUUGGAGAGAACCAACAAGGUCCCAAAAAUUUUGGCUUCUCUGGCAAUUUUGGGAACCAGCAGGGCACUGAAAGUGGUAAACAAGGAGGAUUUGGAAAUCAAGGCAGCUACAACCAGACAGGCAAUUUUAGAAAUCAACAAAGUGGUUUCGGCAACCAGCAGGCAGGCAUGGGAGGGAACAAACAGACUGGUGGAUUUGGUAAUCGGCAGUCAGGUUUUGGCAACCAGCAGUCCGGCUUUGGUAGCGGUGGACAACAAGGCAGUUUCGGCACCGGUUCACAGCAAGGCAGUUAUAGUACUGGUUCGCAGCAGGGAGGUUAUGGUACCGGUGUCCAGGGCGGUUACGGUACUGGCGCCCAGCAAAGCGGUUAUGGAAGUGGUUCCCAGCAAGGCAGUUACAGUGCUGGUACUGGUGCAACUCCGAGCAGCUACAGCACUGGUGGCACACAGCAAGCUGGUUAUGGCACAGGUGCUCAGACAGCCAGUUACGGAACCGGUGCGGGGCAGCAAGGUUACGGUACCGGUGCUGCCCAAACUAGUUAUAGUACAGGUACUCAGCAGACAAACUACAGUACUGGUUCCCAACAGACCAAUUACAGUACCGGCACUCAACAGGCUGGUUAUGGUACUGGCACUCAGCCAACUACUGGUUAUGGUACUGGCACUCAAUCAACUACUGGUUAUGGUACUGGCACUCAGCAAGCUGGUUAUGGUACUGGUACCCAGCAAAGCGGCUAUGGAACCGGAACUGACUACACCGCCCAGGCUGGUUACGGUACACAAACUGGUUACGGUACCCAAACUGGCUAUGGAGAUCAGCAGGGCACAUAUGGCACUCAGGCAGGUGGUUAUGCCAGUUACAUGGGCCAGGAUGCCUAUGGGACCCAACAGGCCGGGUAUACGGCGAGCACCACCCAGGCAGACACUUACAACUGGAAUCAGGCCUACUCUGGUCAGGCAUCGUACACGUCGGCGACCACAGCAACACCAGGCCAGCAGCAGACAGACUACAGCAGUCAGGCUUAUGGGCAGCAGCCAGCAACUGCAGGGGGGACAGCAACAGCAGCCGCAGCAACAACUGCAGAUCCGACUGCAGCACAGAGUGCUUAUGCUAUGUCUGGUUAUGAUCCCCAAAGCCUAGCCAUGGCUGGUUACUCUACUGAUGCAUACGCCACCCAGGGUUACUACGGUGUCGGUGGUCAGACAACAGGGGUUGCUGACACCACAUAUGGAACAUACGGCACUCAGGAUGCCUCUGCUACAACGGCAACAGCCACCUACGAUGCCACUGCCCAGCAGAGUACCCUUGCAGCAGCAGCAGCAUCGUACAGCUAUGCUCAGUACCCCACAAGCACCUCGUGA